AUGAGUGCUUCUAACCACACAAGUGUCAGCCACACCGUCUUCCACUUGCUGGGCAUCCCUGGCCUGGAGGACCAGCACAUAUGGAUUUCCAUCCCCUUCCUCAUUUCCUACGUCAUUGCUCUGCUUGGGAACAGCCUGCUCAUCUUCAUUAUCUUCACAAAGCAGAGUCUCCAUGGACCCAUGUACCUCUUCCUCUGCAUGCUGGCAGGAGCAGACAUUGUCUUAUCCACUUCAACCAUUCCUCAGAUGUUGGCCAUCUUCUGGUUCAAUGCUGGGCAGAUCUCCCUGGAUCGUUGUGUCACUCAGAUCUUCUUCAUAUAUUCUACAUUCAUCUCUGAGUCAGGGAUCCUGCUGAUGAUGGCAUUUGAUCGCUACCUUGCCAUUUGCUACCCUCUGAGGUACACCAGUAUUCUUACACACUCCCUGAUUGGAAAGAUUGGAGCGAUCAUCUUUCUGAGAAGUUAUGGCACAAUACUCCCCAUCAUAUUUUUAUUGAAAAGAUUGACUUUCUGCAAAAGUAAUGUCCUCCCAAACACUGGUUGUAAACACAUUGUCUUGGCUCGUGUUUCCUGUAAUGACAUUCGAGUCAACAUCUGGUAUGGAUUUUUUGUCCUAAUGUCAACAUUGGUCUUAGAUAUUGUGCUGAUUUUCAUUUCGUAUGUGCUGAUUCUCCGCGCUGUGUUCCGCAUCCCAUCCCAAGAUGCUCGGCAUAAAGCUCUGAAUACGUGUGGCUCCCAUGUCUGUGUCAUCAUUCUCUUCUAUGGUCCUGCCAUCUUCACAACCCUCACUCAGAGAUUUGGACACCACAUUGCACCCCAUAUCCAUGUCUUGCUGGCAAAUGUGUCUAUUCUGAUUGCACCUAUGAUGAAUCCCAUCAUUUAUGGAGUCAAGACCAAGCAGAUCCGGCACGAGGUGGUUCAUGUGUUGUGUAGAGGACAGAAAUGA